AUGCCACCUGGUGACACACCACGACAUCCUACUGAAACUUACUUCCAAGACAACAAUCUGCGUGCAGCUAACUGUUUAUUACUAUUAAGUAAUGAUCGUUUCACCGAAUUCGAUAUUUCAAUUUGUCGACAAGCAGUUCAAUACAAAAUCCCUGUUAUUAUGGUUAUAAGUAAAGGUGGUCAAAUGGUCGACUGUGAACGUAAAUUUAAAGAAAUGGAAUUGGAUCGUAAAUUGACUGUAGGUGAAUUUCAGGAAAUAAUUCGUAAUACAGUGAAAACAUUGAAAAACAAUGUCGAAAGAGAAUUAAAACUUCGCAAUAUCAGCUCAAUCGCUCAUAUACCGUUAUUUGUUAUUGAAGCUCAUAGUUUUCGACAACCAAAUUCACAUGAUUGUCCACCAUUGGAAACCGAACAACUACUUGACUAUUGUAUGAAGAUUAUGGCAGAAAACGGAAAUCAGUAUUCGAAGAAAACUUGA